CGUUUUAUCUUGUGUGCAUAUAUAUAUGUAUACAUAUCAUUGCAUCAAUGGCUAUCACUGACUUUUUUAGAUGAGAGAUUGGUUAUCAAAGUUACUUGAAGCUCAAAGUAAAAUUCAUUAAAGAAUUAUUAAAAUUGUUAAAAAUGGUGCUAAUAAAAUAUGCAAUUUUAACUGUAAGCGAUACUUGUGCAAGUGGUGAGAAAGAAGACGAAAGUGGCCCUACUUUGAAAAAACUUAUCAAUAAUAAAAAUGAAAACUCAAUAGGAAACAUACUUAAAGGAGAAGUAUCUUGCACCGCAAUUGUGAAAGAUGAAGAGGAUUUAAUAAUGAAACAUUUAAUUGAUUGGAGCGAUGGAAAUAAAACUGAUGUUAUUCUCACUACUGGUGGCACUGGAUUUUCUAACAGAGAUGUUACACCUGAGGCUACUAAAAAAAUUAUACAUAAAGAAGCACCUGGAAUAUCUCUAGCAAUGCUCAUAUCAAGUCUAAAAGUAACACCAAUGGCUAUGCUUUCUCGAGCUGUAUGUGGAAUACGAAAUAAAACACUGAUCAUUAAUUUGCCUGGCUCAACAAAAGCUGCAACAGAAUGCUUAACUGCAAUUGCACAUGCGAUACCACAUGCAGUAGAUUUGAUUUUAGAUAAUAAAACAAAAAUUAAAGAUACUCAUAACAUUGUGCAACAUAAUAUUACAUCUUGUUUACAUAACAAAUCUUGCACAAGUCCAAUAAAUUUCGAAAAUGUAGCAACACGUCUUAGAGAAUCCCCAUUUCCUAUGAUUUCUGUAAAAGAAGCAGCAGAAAUGAUUCGUAGAAGUAUCGAAAAAGAAAGAGAAGUUGAAAUUAUAAAUGCAAAUGAUGCCUAUGGCAGAAUAUUAUCUGAAGAUAUAAAUUCCAAUUAUGAUUUACCACCAUUUAGAGCUUCUAUUAAAGAUGGAUAUGCAGUACUAGCAAGCGAUGGAAAAGGUAGCAGAAAAGUAUUGUGUGGUGUAAAAGCAGGGACUACACCCACAUUGGUUUCCUUUCAACCUGGCACUUGUGUACGUGUGAAUACUGGAGCACCCGUUCCUGAUGGAGCAACAGCGGUUGUACAAGUUGAAGAUACCAAGUUAAUAUCAAAGAGUUCUGAUAAAAUGGAAGAAGAAGAGAUUGAAAUAAUGACUCAACCAGUAGAAGGACAAGAUAUCAGACCCAUUGGUUGUGAUAUAAAAAAAGGAAGCUUAGUUUUAAAAUCACACACAAGUAUUAGUUCAAUAGAGAUGGGACUUCUGGCAGCUUGUGGCUGCAAACAAGUUACAGUUAAUAAACUUCCAUCUGUAGGUGUAUUGUCUACUGGAGAUGAGUUACAAGAAGCUGGAGAAUUUUUAAAACCAGGACAUGUCUAUGAUAGUAAUAGAAUAACUCUAAUUACACUAUUAAAAGAAAAUGGUUACUAUCCCUUGGAUUUUGGAAUUGCAAUUGAUGAUGAGUCUACUAUGGUGCACAAAAUUAUGGAAGCUAUAGAAAAAGUAGAUAUACUUGUGACAACAGGUUCUGUGUCUAUGGGCGAUAGAGAUAUGUUGAAACCUAUUUUAGAGAGAUAUUUCAAAGCUACUAUACAUUUUGGUCGAGUAAAUAUGAAACCAGGAAAACCAACGACGUUUGCAACAUGUAUGUAUCAUAGCAGAAAGAAAUAUUUUCUCUGUUUACCAGGAAAUCCAGUAUCUGCUAUUGUUACCGCACAUUUAUUUCUUUUACCCCUUCUAAACGAGAUGCGCGGUGAUUUUUCCGAACCCAUCAUAGUACAAGCUAUGUUAAUGUCAACAUAUAAUUUGGAUCCGCGCCCUGAGUACGUAAGAGUGAUUUUGAAAUGGAGUGAUAAUGAAAUAUACCCGUUGGCCUAUAGUACGGGGGAUCAAAUUAGCAGUAAGCUACUUAGCUGUAAAGGCGCUAACGCGCUUUUAAUGCUACCAGGACGGACAACGAAGAUACAAAAGCUAGAUAAGAAUAGUAUUCUACCAGCGAUGCUUAUCGGUUUUAAGUAAUAUCUAUUAAAAUCGCGAGCAAAACUUUUGGGAACGAUUGGGAUAAUAUAUCUAAUUUCAUAUUUCUUACUAUUAUAUGAAUAAAU